AUGUCUCCACCGGCCUGGUCCAGGCUCCGCUCCAAGGAGUACACGUACGCACUCGUGGCCGUCCUCGUCGUCCUCGUCUACUUCACCUUUUUCAGGCACGGUGGCGGCAUCCACGCGGCGGCUGACUUCCAGCAUCUCUUUCCGGCGGGAGACGAUGGGUCCGCCUCCGACAUCUCACCACCCGCCCUCGUCGAUGACACCGGCGGCGUGUCUCCGAACCAGCCGAUAGCUGGCAGCACUAUUGGCGGGAGCAGCGGCGGCUCCUCCGCGUCCGAUGGAAAGCCGCAGCAUCAACAACAGCAGCAACAACAGCAGGGCCCGCCCCCACCGGCAGUCGACCGCCCCAAGGCCGUCAUCAUCGAGAGCAGCAUGAUCCCGAACCUGAUCCCGGUGAUGCUGCACUUCGCGACGGUGCUCGGGCCGGCGUGGGGGAUGGUGCUCUUCACGCUCAGGGACAACUGGGUGGAGCCGCUGUCGGCCCCCUUCCAGCGGCUGCAGGACGAGGGCCGCGUCGAGGUGCGAUUCCUGCCCGAGGGGACCAAGCUGGCCGACUCGGGGUCGGUGUCGCGGUUCCUGACGUCGCCGUGGGUGUGGGAGCAGGUGGUCGACGCGAAGCGGGUGCUGCUGUUCCAGAGCGACAGCAUCCUGUGCUCGCGGUCCGAGGAGAGGGUCGAGGACUACUUCAAGUAUGACCUCGUCGGCGCCCCGAUCGCGGAGCAGUACGGGCAGGGCUUCAACGGCGGGCUGAGCGUGCGCAACCCGCGCGUCUUCCUCAACGUCACGCGCUCCGUCGACUUUGCGACGUCGGGCGCCGAGUUCGAGGACCAGUACUUCUACGCCGAGCUCAUGAAGGCCGGCGCGGAGCUGCCCACCGUCGAGGCCGCCAUGACUUUUGCCGUCGAGACGAUGUACUACGAGACGCCGCUGGGGUACCACCAGCCGCAGAGGUGGCAGGCGGCCAAGAUGCCCAACAUCGAGGAGUGGUGUCCGGAGGUCAAGAUGCUCAUCGGGCGGAGGGCGCAGUGA